AUGGCCUCGACUCUUUCGAAUAGCAGUAGCAGCAGUAGUAGUAGUAGUAGUAAUACCUACGUCGACUUCCUCGAACAGGCCAAGCGCAACUUCUGCCUGAGCAACGCACAUCUCUCGCACGAGGAGCUGAACCGCGCCUGGUUCCAGGCCGCCUGCCAAACCUCACAACCUUCCGUGGCCCACGAGGUACCACGCUCAAUGGCCUUCAGCGCGUCAGACAUGACUCAGCUCCCAACUACCGGCUUCGAGUCCAUGGACCGUACCCGCUCGGCCCCCGUCAUGAACCGCUCAGACUCGGCCAUGGCCAGCGGUCUCCAGCGCUCAAACACUUCAUACUCUGACUGGCAGUCCAUGCCCCAAGAGCAAAAUACCGACUACACGCUCUACUCUGACUCUUCAAUGCGAAGACAGCCGACUCUCCAGUCGGUGCCAGAGACUGCUUACAACAGCAUCGCUGAGUACAGCGUUGGCGACUACGUCAACAGCUGCAUCCAGCCAGACAACUCAUCCCUCCCCACCCCCCAGCAUUCACAACAGUUGCAACUGACACCAAACCUGCAGUGGAGUUCGUCUUCGGAUGUCUCUUCACCCAGCACGCCGUCAACAGCUCUGAUGACUCCUGUUACUCAAUCUAGUAACAUGAGUCGUCAAGGUAGUUACAACCCUUUGUUUUUUGAUAACAUUUCCAUGUCGCGCAACCAGUCAAAUUCUUCAUGUAUGCCCAUCCUCCCAGAGGAUGGGUCUUUUCCUUUUUCCUUUAACGUCGCAUCAAAGCCCAUCAGCGAGUCCGCUGAUGGUUCUCAUUUUCUCAACUUCACUGGCUCCUCCAGUGAAGCUUUCCUUUCUUCAUCUAUUCCUGCAAGUGCUACACUUGCCUCUUCCGACAACGAUCAGUCGUGCCUGGCGGAGGAUAUGCGGAGGUCGACUUCAGCUUCAUCAAGCGAGGGUUAUUCGAGCGAGAUCUCUGCAUCUUCAUUGAAUAGCUCUCGUCAAUCGCAACGCGAACGCGAGAUCGUUGCGCAAGCUGCGUCUCGCAAGAUUGCUCCGAAGGCAAUCGACAACAAUGAUAAGACCGAGUCUGCGUCAUCCAAUGCUCAGAUGACAAGGAUAAGGUCUGAGGAUGGUUCCUCUAAGACUGUCGGUGUUCUGUCAAAGACACCGUACGUGCGCCCUCAACAUCCAAAGAUCAAGUGUAAUUUCUGCAACGAGCGACCCGAUGGGUUCCGUGGCACUCAUGAGCUUGACCGUCACAUUGCUCGUGCCCAUGCCUCACGCAGGAAGGGCUACAUCUGCGUCGACUCUUCAGCCGACAAGAAGUUCCUUGCCAAUUGUAAGCACUGCCGUAACAAGAAGGUGUACGGCGCGUACUACAACGCUGCCGCUCACCUUCGACGUGCGCACUUCCAUCCCCGCAAGAGGGGCAGGAAGGGCAAGAACGACGAGAAGCGUGGUGGCAUUGGUGGCGGAGACCACCCUCCUAUGGAGUAUCUCAAGCAAAACUGGAUCAAAGAGGUGGAAGUCGACAACAAGCCCACCCCGCAAUCGCCAGAGAGCCAAUCCGACAAUGAUGCGGCCGAGCAGAUCGACAACUCCUUCGACGCUCCCUCUUAUGAGAUUGACAACACUGCUGUCCCCGCCGCGGCUGCCGCCUACCCCGCGUCACAGCAACCUCUGCCUAUGCAGGUCCCCAUGCCCAUGCCCAUGCCCAUGCCAGUACAGAUGAUCAACCAAGUCCCUGUAGACUCAAACCAGUUUAACAUGGACUAUGGUAUGAGUAUGCAUGCGAGUGAGCCUAUGGUCUUCGACAACACCGCCUUCUUCGACCCCAAUCUCCCUGUCUCGACCGACAUGAGUAACUUCCAGUUCGACGCGUACAUGGGUCCUCCCAUGUAG